CUCCAAUAUGACGCUGGUAAAUGGUGUACCGAAGUUUCUUACUCAACAGAUGGCGAACUAUUUGGUUUAAAGGGACUAUAUAAUUUAUCAAACUAUAGUUCUGAAGGAAAUACAGAACAUGUAGAUGCAUUUACAAAUAAAAAAGAAGGUACGACGAAUGGUAUUAAAAAAUUGGUUGUUGAAAAGAAUACAUUUGAUGAUCCAUCAAAUUCCGAUGAUGACGACGUGGUAGAAGCAUUAAAAGGAGAAUGGUCGAUUGGUGCCGAACUAUACUAUGGUAUUCGAGACAAAAAUGGAGGAGCCGGAAUUCGUUAUCGUACUGUUCCACAAUUCUCAGCACAAUCACCACUUACAGUGACCUAUAUAUUUAAUCCAUUUAUGGGACACAUGUCUGCUGCUUUUGCUGCACAGGUAUCUGAAGAUUUGGCUUUAUGUCCGCGAUAUGAAUUCAAUAUAUAUAGUUACGAGAGCGAUUUAACGAUCGGUGCUGAAUGGUGGCAAAGGGAGGAUAUCGAUGAUGUAAAAACUGUUUCAAAUGAAAGUCCUAAACUCAAAGGAGAUAUUCAGGGUGUAGUCAAGGCUACAAUUAGCACUGAAAAGAGAAUGAAUAACGAGAAAUAUAGAAAUUGCAAACCAACUGAACGUAUUGGUGAGAAUCCUGAUUUUAAAUUCGCCACUAGGCCUAAGCCAAAUAAGGUAUAG